AUGGCAACACAUGGGUAUACACGGCAAUACAUGGUAAUACAUAGUAAUACAUCGCAAAACAUGGGUAUACAUGGCAGUACAUGGCUAUACACGGCAAUACAGGGUGAUACAUGGCAAUACAUUGUUAUACAUAGUAAUACAUGGUAAUAUAUUGCGAUACAUGGCAGUACAUGGUAAUACAUGGCAGUACAUGGUUAUACUUGGCAAUACAUUGUAAUACAUGGCAAUACAUGGUUAUACAUGGUAGUACAUGGUUAUACAUAAAAGUGGUUUACAAAACAUGUUAAUACACCAUUUUAAAUGCAUUCGUGAUACACUUUAAUAACCCUACUUAAAGUACCUACCUGUAUUCGUGCCCAGGGCGCGAUCGGCGCGAUCACGAUGACCCGUCCUCUCGUCGUUCAGAGACAUGUUUCACAUCAACCUAAUAUUAACUUUAAUUCUUCCUGGACUGUUUUUUGUUAGUAAAUAAUCAAAAGCCGAAUUGAAAUGUGCUUUACCUUUCAAAAAGUUUAAAAAGCAGGGACAGAUCUAGCCUGUGUACAGACCCCCCCCCCCCCCCCCCCCCCCGUUAAAAAGGGGGAAGGGUGGGGGGGGGGGGCUUUACAAAGGGCAAGAGACGGAAAGGGACCCGGCUGGAACCCCAGAACCCCCCCGACCCCGUUGCCGCUUUUCGCUUGAAAAAAAAAAAAACAAAACUAAACAGACACGCGACACGNGCAAUGCAUGGUAAUACAUGGUAAUAUAUGGCGAUACAUGUCAAUACAUGGUAAGAGAUAAUAAUACAUGGCAACACAUGGGUAUACACGGCAAUACAUGGUAAUACAUAGUAAUACAUCGCAAAACAUGGGUAUACAUGGCAGUACAUGGCUAUACACGGCAAUACAGGGUGAUACAUGGCAAUACAUUGUUAUACAUAGUAAUACAUGGUAAUAUAUUGCGAUACAUGGCAGUACAUGGUAAUACAUGGCAGUACAUGGUUAUACUUGGCAAUACAUUGUAA